GUGCGAGCUCAUCCUUCUGUUCACUCUCUCCUUACAUCCAUCCCUAUCUCCAUUCUUCAGUCCCUCUCUCUUUCCAUCCGUCUCUCCCUCCCUCCCGGGCAGCAAGAGGGGCGGGUCCAGUAGACAAAUUUCUCAAAAGCGCAGUUAUUUAAAGGCGCGUGUGAGGUGAAAGCUGCAGUAGUCAGUGCCUCCUAAGAAGUCAAGUGACGGAAAACCUUUACUGCUCGACGUUAUCGUCCCGCACGGAUGCGACCGACAACACUGAAGCCAGUACCCAGGCGGCAGAAGAUGAGAGUGUUCACGGUGGCAGCGACGGUGGCACUGCUGUUAGCAGUGCCUGAGUGCCAUGCACAGCGUCCACAGUUCCUCGACGUGGCACCUUUCUCCCAUGGCCUCCUACGAAGGCCGCCUUCACCUAGACUUCGAGGAUCCCCAUCUCCACCUGUGGGAUCGAAGGGGCCACCGCUGUUACCACAUCCUAGUGGGCCACUCUUCCAUGGUCCACCCACUAAAGAGAGCUUUGAGCCAUAUGGCCCACAGUUCAGCCCAGAACAUGGCACUGGCCACUUGCCUCUCGACCCUCGACCCAACUUCGACAACCCACACUUCCAGCCAGUAGAUGUCAGAUUACCUGCAGACGAAGAAGCACUGGAAGGAGGUGAUUUCUCGCAACUCUUCAGCGAGGAGUCGGCGUUACCGGGACGGGACUCGGCGGCGCCCGGACAGGACUCAGCGGCAUUCGGACAGGACUCUCCAGCGCCCGGACGGGAAGACUCUAAACAGCACCUUCCUUCCGAGCAUUUAAGACCUCCUGCAGAGCAGCAAUUAGAUGAUUUCUCAUCACUAAAGCAGUCAUCAGAGUCACACAACGACCUGCAUCACCUGGAUUCACAAGAUCAGGAUGCCCGACCUUCACAGGAGGAGUACCCCGCUGGGGUCACAGAAGAGAUCAUCCCUCAGGUCACUCCACAACAAGAAGAGGAGUCGCAACUACAGCAUCCUCCACGCCAUUCUCUGAAACAAAAAGAGACGCAAGCACAGGGAUCACGAACAGGUGAGAGGACACGCCAGCGGCUGCAGGAGCCACCCCAGCAGUUAGGACCCAAGCAGUACGAGCAGGAGACGCAGAAGGUGGAGGUCGUGUCUGCACCUCGACACAACAGUCACUCUACCUCUCAACCUCAUCGUCGCCCCUCACACCCCAACCAGUUACCUCUGUACAACGUGAUAGAUCAUGCAAUGGAGGUGGCCGAGUCUCAGGAGCAGCCGUACAGGAUCUUAUACGACUAUUCAGAGGAGGAAGAAGAAGAGAAAGAGGAGGAAGAGGAGGAGGAAGAGGAGGAGCCUGAUCGCCUCUCUGUCCUCCUUCUCAGCUCACACUUCUCCUGCGUUGACAAGAAGAAUGGUUACUACGCUGACGAGGAAGUUGACUGCGAAGUCUUCCACUACUGCCAGGACCGUGUCAAGCACUCGUGGCUGUGUCCCCAGGGUGCGUCCUUCCAUCAGGUACACCUCAUCUGUAUACCUCGCUCCGAGGACAACAUCUGCGAGAGAUCCUCCAAGUUCCACUUCGUGAACGAGUUCCUCUACAAGGAGGUGGACGGUGAAAGCGGCACUAACAAGACCUACGCUGACCGAUACUACCCUGAGGGCUUCGAGCACGGGGUCGCCGGAGUGGACCCUGACCGCGGGGUGGCGUCCCCAGCAGCAGUAGCAAGCCCCUCUCCCCAGCAGCACCACCAGCAGAAGCACCGGCCUACCCAUGCUUACCUUGACAGUCUACCUCACACUCGACCACAGUAUCAACAGUAUCAGGAAGACGCUGCUGACUACUACGUCGACACGCAUGUCGAACAAGUAUCAAGACCACAUAAUGUUAGAGUACCACAAGGCUUCUCAAGUCAGCCGGCUUACGUUAGUGGAACCUCAAAUCAGUCGGCUUACGUUAGUGGAGCCUCAAAUCAACCAGCAUACAGGGGUGGAACCUCAAAUCCACCAGCAUAUAGAAGUGAAGUCUCAAAUCCUCAGAUCUACAGUGGCGGAGCCUCGGGUCCACAGGUCUACAGAGACGGUGGCCAAGAGCUUAGUAACAUAGAAGAAGUAUUAACCCACAGGAGGCCAGGUUGAACUUAGCCACGAAAUUUGCUGCGUUUAAGGACAUGAUCCCCUCUCCCCCCUCUUCCAACUUACUGAGAAAAAAUAAUCACGACCACAUACAAUAUUUAGGUAAUCCUGCCGCAGUGUAGUGUACAUGGAAGAGGUCGCGUCUUCUGCAGACGAGUCGGGCUGUGCCGGGGUUCCACAUAGCUAAUGUUUUAAACUGUUCCCUUGCAGUUUCCACACUGUGAGCUCACUUCGUUAAUUAUAUAUAUUUUAAUAAUGGUUAGGGAUUAAAAUAUAAGUUAUGUAUAUGCUGUUAGUGAAGAUGUUAUUUGAUCUCACAUUAUCUUACGUGUUUUUUUUUAUCUCAGAGGGGGAUGGGUCCCUGUAUGUGUGUACUUACCUAGUUGUCGUUGCAGGGGUCGAAUCACAGCUCCUGUGUGUGUGUGUGUGUGUGUGUGUGUGUGUGUGUGUACAUCUAGUAUCACCCUGUGGUUGACCACCUUUCUCACACACAUCUUAACACAACAGUCCCCACACUAUUCACCUAGGAAUACUCACCUAGGUGUACUCACCUAGGUGUACUCACCUAGGUGUACUCAUCUUGUGCUUGCAGGGAGUCUAUUUAUGACUACAAUACUCGCUUCGACAAGUUUCAUUGAUUUCUGACCUCAUGACCCAAGCGUACCUUCUUUUGAAGCUGUGUAUAGUAUUUGGCUCCACUACAGAAACAUUUCACACUUUAUAUCUAUCUAUCUAUCUAUCUAUACAUACGAGGAAACUAUAUUUAUUUUUCAAUUUGCAUUCUAGGCAGCGACACUACCCUCCAUCACCACCUCAACCACUAUCCCCACCACUACCUUCCAUCACCACCUCAACCACCAUCCCCACCAUUACCUUCCAUCAUUUAUUAAAGUAUUCUUGACUGGUGGUGCUUAGGGGAUAUGCAGCCGUGAAUGACCCUCGUGUAGUCGAUAAGCUUUAAACCACCUCUACCAUCACCACCAUUUCCACCAUCACCACUACCAGUGAAAAUUGUUCCUGAUUCGGAGGUGACUCGUCAUGAAUUCUCAUAAGCUGAGCUGCGGUGGGCAGCAGUGAUCACUGUGUGUACACGUAUGGUAUAUUAUACCCAUAAUAUGAAGAAUUAGACACAUGUGCAACAUCUGGGUAUUUUUAUAUGUAGACGUAUCGCUGUCAUGUGACUUCAUCAAUACAUUUCAAGGAUAUAAUGUGAAGAAUGGAGAACUAUAUACGUAAGAUGAGGUAAUCAGUCCCUCAGUCUUGGAGCACCGUAGUCUUGGAGCACCGUAGUCUUCAAGACUACGGUGCCGAGGGACUGAUCUUUUGUAUAAGUGUCUACAUACUUACCGUGAUGGUCACUGGAUGGCGAAAUGUCUAUAAAUAAAGACAUCCAAAUGUUGAACAUAUGUCUAAUUAAUAAUCACUGUGGCCUUGUUUUGCCCAAGUUACACUCACUAUUCUUGUAGUGUAACCUAC